AUGAGACUGCUCAAUGCCAAAACGUAUCAACUGCACAGCGAGCUGGGACAAGACAAGCCAAAGUACGCGAUAUUGUCUCACACAUGGGAAGAGGAAGAAGUCUUGUUUGAAGACAUACGACGUGCAUCUAGGGCUCAAAUAGAAUCAAAGAGAGGCUUUUAUAAGAUACAACGCGCGUGCGAGCAAGCGCUAGCGGAUGGCUACGACUUCGUGUGGAUCGAUACUUGUUGCAUCAACAAAGGGAGCAGCGCCGAACUUUCGGAAGCGAUCAACUCCAUGUUCAGAUGGUACACAGAAGCCAGCGUCUGUUAUGCGUAUCUUUCUGAUGCAGGAUAUGGCAAAGAAUUGUCGCUAUCACACUGCCGCUGGUUUGGCCGUGGCUGGACAUUGCAAGAACUGCUGGCACCAGACCAUGUGCACUUCUACGAUCGAAACUGGUCACACUUGGGGAGCCGUAUCUCUCUAGCAACUGAGAUAGCGAGCAUCACUGGCAUACACGAUACGAUUCUGAUACGGGGCCAUACAGACCCACUUUCGACUGCGCGAGUUUCAAGGGAUGCAUAUACAAGACAGUUGAAUUCGGCCUCCUAUGUCUGCUGGUACUGUGGGCAGACAAUCGAAGUGAGCGUCCGCAAGGCUCUACUGCGGCUCACUAUUGCGCAGCGGAUGACUUGGGCCUCAAAGCGAGAAACAACACGCUUAGAAGAUAGCGCAUAUUCUCUAAUGGGAUUAUUUGAAGUACACAUGCCGCUUAUCUACGGCGAAGGCGCCAAGGCAUUCUACCGUUUACAAGAGGCUAUUCUCAAACGCUCGAGGGAUCACUCGAUACUUGCUUUUCGAGCCACAGAAACAUGGGCACGGACUCAAGGGAGUUUCGCACAGUUACUGGCGCCUCAUCCGAGCUACUUUCGUGAUGACAUCCGCAAUGAGUGGAUGCCAUACGCAAAAGCGACAAAUAUGAAUUUGGUUGGCAAUGCACUAUCUAUGGAGUUGUCAAUCUGUCCACUCCGGAGCGAUGAUAUGUGCUUGGAUCUCUUUAGAGGAAGACAUUUGGGCAUAUUAGAUUGCACAAUAGGCGACGAUCCUUUAGCGAGGCCAGCAAUCCUACUGGAAGCGAUCGAUGAUCGUAAGAAGAGAUUUCGAAGAUGUGCCGCUGAGCCCGUACUGCUCCAAUUGAGCAUCGGAAAUGUAUCAGAAGCUGUACUGCUAAGGCGCUAUGCUGAUGAAGUCAUAACAAGGCGGGUUGAAUACAAUCCAAAGGACAUCAAGAGAUGCCAAAUAACGAUUGUCGAAGAAGAAGUGGAAGAGAAAGAGCGGCUUUGGUGUCCACCUAUACGCAUAAAUAUCGCUGCCAGCACUAGCCCAACGUAUCAUGAGUACGUCGCAUCACCGGGUCUUGUCGGAGAUUACGUAGUGGCUUCUCCAAAAGACACUAUCCACGUUUUAGCGUUCUAUAGCCAGGACUAUGAGGAUUACUUCAUAGCGUGGGGCUCUUUCGCCGCGCCUAUGGAUAGAGAUGGAUUCAACGAAGGCCUUUGGUGUCGCAUCUGGACGCUUUCACAGCUAUUUGAACUAUUCGAGAAUGCACAAUCAUCUCCGCGGGAAGAUGUGCACGUUGAGGAUGUCGUCAGAGAGGUAGCUUUCAUGAACAUCGCUGACGGUUAUACGCCUCGAGAUGAGAGAUUCCCGGCGAGAGGUGAAGUAGUUUUGUGGGACUCAACUUCCACCACACUAAAGAUCAAAGCAUUCAUAUCCAGGAUCUCAUUUUUGGGUCGUGCCGCAUUUCAACUCAACGUCAUGGCAGAGACACAAGACGAAGCCCAGUCUGGCAAGGCUAAGAUUGUCGAACAGAGAGACGGUACUGAGCACACUUCAGUUGCGAAGCUCGUGGAUGCGGAAGAUAGUGAGAUAGCACCUUAUCUAGAGAUGCCGCUUUUCGACAUGACAGACUGA